AUGGACUUCCCCAGCUCCCUCCGCCCCACCCUGUUUAUGAGCGGCCCCCUUGGUCUGAGCAGUGUCCCCAGCCUGUCCUUUAUGUGUAGCUGGAGAGAUGCGCUGACCCUGCCGGAGUCCUGGUCUCAGAGUGCCGAGAAUGCGGCACCGCACUUGGCCAGGGGCCUGCGAUGGGAGCCAGAGACCCCUGGGCCCUUUCCCUUGCUGCCCCCUAGUCCUGAUCCCUGGGACCCUGGGCUGACUGCCCAGGAUCUGCUUUUCCGUGGUGGUCACCAGUCCUGCAGACGGCCCCGAGCCACGCUGGAUGUUACUGAGCAGCUCAGCCGCUUCCUGUGGGAUCAUGGGGACAUCGCCUUUGGGCCCCUGGGGAACCUGAUGCAGGAGAAUUUCAAACUUGAGGGUGCACGGAGCCGCUCUAAGAAGAAGACAGUGGUCAGUGUGAAGAGGCUGCUCCAGGACCUCGGUGGACACCAGCCCUGGGGGUGUCCCUGGGCAUACCUCAGCCACCGGCAGCGCCGGUUCUCCAUCCUUGGGGGCCCGGUCCUGGGCAGGCCCGUGGCCAGCCUCCUGGGGGAGCUUCUGCAGGAGGAGUUGGCAGGACGCUGGGGGCAGCUGCUCCUGGAUGAUGCCUUCACUGGGGGUGCCCUGGCCUGGCUGCCUGGGAGGACACCCCUGGCCGGGCAGCUGGUCUACCCCAACGGAGGUGCCCUGGACAGGCUGUGCCUCCAAGAGGUUAGUUUGACCCCAGAUGGCAGCCCCCAGCUCCUCGGGGACCCUGGCCACAUCCAGCUCCGAGGGCCUGUCCGGCAGGUGGUGACCCGCACCGUCCAAGGAGAAGCUCUGCUGGCGGUCCGCUCCGACUACCACUGUGCCGUGUGGAAGGUCAGUAAACAGGGGCGGCCAGCCCCGCUCCAGGUGCUGCAGGUGGAGAAGGGAGCCACAGGGAUCAAUCUCAGCCCUCACCUUCCUGGGGAGCUAGCCGUCUGCAGCCGUUCUGGAGCUGUCUGUCUGUGGACCCCCCAGGAUGGGCUGCAGCAAGUCUACAAGGACCCUGAGACCCUAGUGUUCCGGGACCCCUCUCCCUGGCGCUGGGCAGAUUUCACUGCCCACCCUCGGGUGCUGACUGUUGGUGAUCGCACUGGAGUGAAAAUGAUAGACAUGCAGGGCCCACCGGGCUGUGGUCUCCUGCUUUUUCGUGGGGGGGCAGAGGCCUCGUGCCAGAAAGGGGAACGCGUUCUGCUCACCCAGUACCUGGGGACGUCCAGCCCUACAUCUCUGAAUCCCACCCUCCACCUCAUCUGUACUCAGCUUCUCCCUGGCCCGCAGUUCUCUCUUUAUCUGGUGGAUGAGCGCCUCCCUUUGGUGCCCAUGCUGAAGUGGGCCCAUGGCCUGCCCUCUGCGCCCCUGCUGGCCCAGCUGCUGCCUGCGUCCCACCCUGGUGCCCCUCGGCCCCUGCUCCUGGGGGGCCAGGGUGGCCAGCUGCAGCUGCUGCAUCUCUCAGGAGAGGGGGCCUCCGCGCCCCGGCUGGCAGGGCCCCCACAGUCCCUCCCAGCGAGGACCGAUGCCCUCUCCGGGUUCCCUUUGCUGGAACCCACAGAUCAGCGACGGCUGCAGGAGCGGCUGAAUGCGCCAACCAUAGGUCUGGCGGCUGCCAUCCCACCCUCUGCCUCAACACCAGGCCUGGCGCUCUUCCACCUCUCCAUGGCUGGAGAUGUGUUCUACCAGCACCUGCGCCUCCAGGAGGAAUCCAGCUUCUGCAGGGAUGCUGGGCUUCCCGGCGACCCUGGCCCUGAGCCCCAGGCCCCCAUGGUGGCAGCGCCUGCCCCAGACAGGACGCCCACACCCACCACAGCUUCCUGGACCCCCCAGGCCACUGCCUGCUGUAACCGGUGGCUGAAGGCUCUGCUCAAGGUGCCCCUUCCCCCACCUGUGUGGACGGCACCCACCUUUUCCCACCGCCACCUUCUGAGCUACAAGGAACAGCAGCAGGAUGAGGGUAAAGUGCUGGUAGGUCUGCGAGCAGCCAUGGCCCAGGGACGGCUCCUGCGGCAGAGUGACCUAGGCUUGCUCCCCACAGCUGAGCCACCCCCAGCCCCGGAGUCCGGCCCGGAGGACGAGCUCAGUGAACGACUGGGUGAAGCCUGGGAGGGCCGGGGGGCAGCCUGGUGGGAGAGGAGACAGGGCAGGAGCUUGGGGCCAGGGCACCGGCCAAGGCGGCACAAGCGCCGCACUCAGCUCUCCAGCACCUUCUCCUCGCUCAGCGGCCGCUGGGACCUCUCUGACGGCCCCAGCCCCCCUCCUAGCCCAGACCGCACCUGCCCUGAGCCCCGGCCUCUGCCCCCAGCCACACCCCCCUCCCAGGAGCUGACCCAGGAGCUGUGGGCCCGGGGUGUCCCUGUGGAGCGGCAGCAGACACUCCGGGAUUACAUGGCCAGGCUGCCUUCUUCUGGCCUUGGGGCCACCUCCGCACCCCCCUCCCAGGCCUCCAGCAUCCGGAGCACCCCCUCCAGACAGCAGGCCCCCCGGAAGAAGUCCCGCAUGGGCUUCUGA